AUGCCGGAGAAGAACAUUCUGAAUGCUCUUGAGUUGCACGCAGACACGGCAGAUGCUAUUGUUGUCUGUGGUGGUGACGGGACUCUGAGUUCUGUCGUGAAUGUUCUGGCGACCGCACGCCAUGAGUUGCUUCUUAAAAUGCCGAUUAUCCCUGUGCCCUGUGGGCUACAGAACUCCAUUGCAGCGUCACUUGGAGUGCUUUCGGCUGAGCGCUCCGUGUCUGCCUUUCUGCUGGGGCGUGUGGAGCCCAUUCCAGUUUGGGAGGUGCGUGUCAACGGGGCUCUGGUGCGGUAUAUGGCGUCCUACAUUUCUAUCGGCGUCUGUGCAAUGUGUGUCCGGCGCCUGCAUGACCUGGAUGCCGUGGGUGAGAGCUACGUGGCUCUGCUCACCGUUCGAAACAAAUACAAAGUGAGAGCCUUUUACACGGCGUUGCGGAACGAAGUGGUUCCAUGUACCGCCGCUCUGACGACGACGACGAAGUCCCACAUGGAGAUUGCACUGUCGGUGAAGCUCUUCGUGGCCUCACAGAUGCCGUUGCAGCACGCCCGUUACUCCCUCAUGCCAUGUGCAACCUUUAAGCACGGCACAUUGGGCGUCACGUAUGCCACAGAAGCGGCGUCAAGGCUUUGUCUUUGGCAUUUACUGAGCCGAGAGGCCGCAGAGGGCGUAAUUAUAAAUGAGGAUGGUGUCUGUGAGUGCCCUUGCGUGGGUGAACUGGACUGCUGCAUCAAAGGCGUGUCCAGUGAAGAGGCAGAGGACACCUUGCCAAGGGUUCUCAUGAUGAUGGACGGGGGGGCGGUGUAUUUGCUUCCAGGUUCAAAGGUGUCGGUGCGGCGAGCGUCUUGUGAGACACUUUUCGCGUCUUGUUGA